UCAAUGCAAAAAAAAAGAAAAGGGUGCCAAGAAGCAGGGACGAGUGAACGUGGGUGUAAAUAGACAGUGAACGCUCUUGGUCUCUCUCUUUCUCUCUCAUUCUCCCUUUCUCACUCUCCCUCCCCUUUCUCUUUCUCUCUGCCUCUCUUUUAUGAAAUCAAUGAACGAGUUAUUGGUUAGGACAUAAAUAUAAGGAAUCAAAGCCUGCAUCGGGAUCAACGGCAUUGCGCGCUUUUGAUAUGCGUCUUCGCCAAACGCUACAUGUGUUUUCACAUCAGUGUAAAUAUUGGCUUUGAGAGGACGAGAGUGGAAUCGGCUCUGACGCGGCUCGGACUCGGAACCAACAUUAGAACAAGACUUCCAACAGCUUUUUUUUCAACGUAAAACGAUUCUCCAACACCACCAUCUGCUGCUGUUCGUACCCCCUCCCAACUCACGGGCCGGUCCGAAGAUGACAACUUUAACCAACGGGCAGGUGGACGGCACGGUGCACGGUGUCGGUCUUGUCUCCGCCAGCACGAACGGGCUCGUGAACGGAUUAAGCCACAGCCACAGCCCGCUGGGCUGCCCAGCCACCAUCCCCAUGAAAGACCACGAUGCCAUCAAACUCUUCAUCGGUCAGAUCCCCCGCAACCUGGACGAGAAGGACCUCCGGCCCCUCUUCGAGGAGUUCGGCAAGAUCUACGAGCUCACUGUGCUGAAGGACCGCUUCACGGGCAUGCACAAAGGCUGUGCCUUCCUCACCUACUGUGCCAGAGAGUCGGCCCUGAAAGCCCAGAAUGCAUUGCACGAGCAGAAGACCCUGCCAGGGAUGAACAGACCGAUCCAGGUGAAGCCAGCAGACAGCGAGAGUCGAGGAGAAGACAGAAAGCUCUUUGUGGGCAUGCUCAACAAGCAACAGUCAGAAGAUGACGUGCGACGCCUUUUUGAGUCCUUCGGCAGCAUCGAGGAAUGCACCAUCCUUCGAGGUCCUGACGGAAACAGCAAAGGCUGUGCGUUUGUAAAAUACUCCUCUCAUGCUGAAGCUCAGGCAGCCAUCAGUGCACUACACGGCAGCCAGACAAUGCCUGUGUGGGUGGGCGGUUGGGUUGGUGCACAGGGCGCGUCAUCCAGUCUGGUGGUGAAGUUCGCCGACACGGAUAAGGAGCGCACCAUCCGCCGCAUGCAGCAGAUGGCUGGUCAGAUGGGCAUCUUCAACCCGAUGGCCCUGCAGUUUGGAGCCUACGGAGCCUACGCGCAGGUGCAGCAGCAGGCGGCAUUGAUGGCGUCAGUGGGCCAGGGAGGCUACCUCAGUCCGAUGGCGGCCUUUGCUGCAGCCCAGAUGCAGCACAUGGCCACCAUCAAUGGCAUCCCAGGAGCACCGCUCACCCCAACGUCAGGUGGCAGUACUCCUCCGGGCAUCGGUGCCCCCACAGUGACCAGCAUCCCCUCCCCCAUUAGCGUAAACGGUUUCACCGGCAUGCCACCCCAGGCCAAUGGGCAGCCUCCCGCGGAGGCUGUGUUCACCAAUGGAAUACAUCAUUACCCCGUGUUGCAGGAGGUGGUUUUUAGGGAGGACUCGGAGAAAAGCGGCUUGGGCGUGGCUCCGCGGAGUUGUUUUGGGGUUCAGGGUGGCUGCUUCCUCUCCUCUCUUUCUGAAGCUCAAAGUCCCACCGCAGCCGAUCCUCUCCAGCAGGCUUACACAGGAGUCCAGCAGUACGCAGCAGCCUACCCAGCUGCAUACGGCCAGAUCAGCCAAGCCUUCCCCCACCCUCCACCCAUAAUCCCACAGCAGCAACGAGAAGGACCAGAGGGUUGCAACCUGUUCAUCUACCACCUCCCUCAGGAGUUUGGGGAUGGAGAGCUGAUGCAGAUGUUCCUGCCUUUCGGUAAUGUCAUCUCCUCCAAAGUGUUUGUGGAUCGGGCGACAAACCAAAGUAAAUGCUUUGGAUUUGUGAGCUUCGACAACCCAGGAAGUGCCCAAGCUGCCAUCCAAUCAAUGAACGGCUUCCAGAUCGGCAUGAAAAGACUCAAGGUGCAGCUGAAGAGGCCGAAGGAUGCCAACCGCCCCUAUUAGCCUCCCGCCCCAGCCAGCCGCCGCCGCCACCAUGGCGGCCGGGGCAGCCGCUGCACACAGGGAAGACAGGUUUUGUUGAGCUGAAUCAUAUGUUGACUUCUUGCUACCGGCCACUGAGUGCUCAACAUCUGGACCACUGAGGCUGCUUCAGAAACAGAGAGAGAGGGAGAGAUGACCGAGUCGAGGAAGCUUCCUUUUGGAUGUACUAAAACUUUGGAACUCAGAGAGAAUUUGUACCAGCCUGGUUAGCCCCAGGACCUUUUUUCUUCUGCACACAUAUACACACACACCUCUUUCCCCACAAAACCCCGCUUGAAUGACAGCUACCUUUUCUGGACCACAAAUACUUUUACUUGAACAAUGACGGGAAAAAAGUAAAAGAAACUCUAUCAGACCUACUUACAAUGACCAAGCCCACUGAACUCUUAAAGGGAAUACGGAUGUCAAAAGUCCAACGAGAACGAAACUUUUUAAAUAACUGAAGAUUGCCGUAGGAGAUCUUUCUGUAGGAUGGUUUGAGUUUGGGGCAAUUGACUUUUGAAGACCAAUUUAUAAGACUUGAAACAAGAAGAGACAAGAAAUUCUCAGAGAGUGAACAAAAGUAGGGAAUGUGAUAUUUUCAGGACACAAAUUGGCUUCGAUUUGGGAUUGCCAUCUUUAGCUCGGAGUGCCUGUCCGUUUCCAGGGGAUACCGUUGCCAAGGAGAGCCAAAGCAACGGUCUCCAGGGAGUCUUACCUGUCAUUCCUUAGUUGUUUUAGGGACCAAAAGACCAAACAUUUUUAUUGCUGAGGACUUGUAGCUCUAAUAUACUCGGACCACUGCAUCUCUUUCAGUCACUGGUUGAAGAGUCGCACUUAAAAACAGUGUACAUUUCAAAUAUAUACAACACAUGUAUAUAUACAUAUAUAUUGCUGAUAUGCUUUUUGAAUACAGGCUAAACUAUUUCAGAUGACCAAAUCAGGUCUCUCACUUCGCUAGUUUACAAUUACUCAAAAUGUUUAUUUUUUUUUCUCUUCUCAUUUUGUCUUGGGAGGGAUGGCGAGUGCAUGGGAGGGGCUGCUCCGUAUCACAGCCUUAUCUUUUUUAACUUGACAUCCUAACCUCAUAGAUAGAAUAACAUCAGAAACCUUUGAAAUAUAUGAACUUGUUUAUAUUUGCAGUACAUAUAUGUAUAACAAGCAUUCAAGCAAAUGUGUUCAUAUAUACAGUAUAUAUGGAUAAAUAGAUAUUAAUCACAAGCAAAUAUAUGUAUUUAUAUGCACAUAUUUUAUAUAUGUGUGUCUGUAUAUAGAACGGCUACUGACUAUGUUGAGCUGUAAUUUUUUGUAGAUUUUAGCUGGAGUUUGAAGCAUUGCUCUGCUUGGGAAGAAUUGCAAAUCUGGCAGCUCCCAAAACUGCAAGCAUUCCUGUCUCUCAUUAACUAUAUGCUGACACACAAUAUAUUGCUAAAAGAUACAUGUGUGAGAAUACACAUAUGGUGUAAAUACUAACUGAAAAUGCAAAAAGCCACAUCUCAGUAGCAGGCUUUAAGAGAAUCAGGCUUGGUGAUUUUUAGAGGAAAAGGACAAUUAUCUUCGACUCUAUUCCAAACAUAUCUUUUGAGCUUUCACACAAACACACAAACACACACACACAUGCACACACAAACUUCUCUUUGAAACUUGAACCAAAAUGAAUACGUCUCACAACCCUUGCUCUCUUUUGCAUUCAGUAAAAUGCAUGUAGCGUAUGGGCUGUCACCAUGUCAAGGUGUGCCUUGUCACCUGCGGAAUCUGCCAUCAAGCACUGUGCUUUCAGAAAACAAAGACAAAAAAAACGCACACACAACUGCAAGCAGCCAACGCGCUAUUAUGAUGUCAAAACUACAGUCAGAUCCAUAUCAUUAGUCAGCCGCGUAGAGAGCUUUAGCGUAUAACAAACCAUCAGAGCACUGCUCAAUCAAUGUCUUUGAAUGAAUAGCAUUAGGAGCUAAAGUAGACCCAUGCAAUUACACUGAUUAAAAUGGGCAUUAGGUGGCCUGUUAGCAGGUACUGACUAUCAAAAGUGUGUGCAGGGCACCUGUGAGCAUAUUCCACUGGUUGGAGUCAGAACUGGCUUAAAGUUCAGAGUUUCAACUGACAUGAUUUGGCUUGAUGUGAGAAGUAAUAGAGCUUAAAUAUGAGGUUUUAAUGGUUAUGCAGGGGAUGUAAUAUUGAUGAAUAUGGUAUAAUCAGAGAGAUGGCUUCCCCUUAAAGCGAAUAAAGGGUGUACUUUCUCAUCCAGCAGUAAAUCUGUGGAUCUCAGCUGGUAAUACUUGACAUGAAGCAUAUCCUCUGGAAAAUGUUAUAUUGCCUUAUGUUAUGUUACUAUUAAAAACCUAAUAAAACUGUAAAAUGAAGCAAUAAGAGUGGAAAGCCAUUUACCAUUACAACUGCCCUCUGACUGCGGCUGGUUUCCUAUUGCUUCACCAUACAGUUUCUCAGUCUGCAAAAAAUGGUAUUAACAUCCACUAUAUAUAUCUGCAAAAGGUCAACAGACUUGGAUUUAUUGGAUCCUGCAUUCAACACAUAUUCAGCUUGUGGAGAUUACUCAAUGAAUAUUUAUAUAUAUGAAUAUUUAUAAGGCUAUAUGACACUUUGAAAGACAAUGCUUCCUGUUGGGUGCUGUUAAUAGUUUUUCCUAUAAACUGCUCAUUAUGCCAUUUCCCUCGUGUCUGUGUCUAACCUUUUUAGCGGAUUGAAUAAUUUAACAUUUACCUUCCAAACCCCGGUAAGGCUAAAAGACACGGCUGCACAUCCCAGAACGUCGCUGUUUUUUAUGUGUUCACAUAACAAUGCCCCCGACUGCGGUGCACAGUGCAGACCCGAUGACCAUCAUGAUCAUUUUAGCUCUGACAGCAUCCGCGGUGGGUUUGUACAAAAUGUCUUGUACAUCCACCUGAGCUGCCUUUGGAAUGGCCAUAACAUCUGAAAGCUAAAUGUCACGAGUCUGGUGUGCCUGAUCGCCACACUGUGCCCUUUGACUGCCCCUCGCUGCUCUGAGAAAAUUGAAAAAAUAAGGGUUGAAGCGGUUUGUGCUUUUCCAAUGGUUUGUUUGAGCAAUCACUCAUGUCGUUCAUCCAGCCCGUGUGUUUCCAUGAGGGAGGGGAAGCAGCAGAACGACCACACAAAGGAGAAUGCCAGCCACCUCCUCGUCAUUUCCUUCAACUUUAAGCUGCAAGUUUACAUGAGAAAAGUAAAACAAAAGUAUCGUGGUUCAAAAACAACAAGAAACAGAGCAGAAGUUUGAAUAUAAAUAUAUAUAUAUAAAUAUAUACAUAAACCGAUGAAUAUACUGUAAAUUGUUUCCUUUUUUGCUCUGUUUUCCUCUGUACAUAGGUUUGCAUAUUUUAUAGGACUUUUACUUCUAUCUACAAGGACUGGAUAAAGUACUUUAAAUACUUAAAAAAAAUAUAUGAAUGAAAACAUGAUAAUGAAAAAUAAAAUAGUCGCUAGGAUACGGUAAAAACUGUAGGACCUGACCAAGGCAUUUAUCCAGAAUACAGUCAGGGAGAGCAUUGACCUCAGCUAGAGCUUAGACACACAUAUUUUAUAAAAAUUUAAAAAAAACAAAUACUUCAUGGGUUCUUUUCAUUUAUCUAAUUUGUUUAUAUAUUUAUUUAUAAGUCAUGUCCGAGAUAAUAUGCAUGCUUUCAUGGCAUUAUUUUUCUAUGAGUUGGUACGUGACCAAAUAGUUUUUAUAUGACAUGCAUGGGCCACUGUUGUGGUCCACAGAUGAUCAUUGAUGAUCGCCUUCACCACUUAAAAAUGCUCCUAUUAACCAAGCAAUGUCAAAGACAGAUUUUUCAUGAAUUAUUUAUGUCUUUAUUUAUUUAUUUAUUUAUUUAUGUCUUUAUUUAUUUGUGCGGUUUGAUUCAAGAUUUGAGCUCUCUUACUGCAACUGAUCGGUAUCUUUGUUGGUGCUACGUGGUACCAGUACAUCACAUACUAUUACAUUAGGUAUUGGCAAACUCCAAAACUACUUCAAAGACUGAUUUUCCAAUUUCUUGCUGCUGAUAAACUAUUCAAAAAAAUGCAGCACAUGACUAAAGCCUUAUGUAUAUUUGUAAUUAUGAAUUCAUAGUUUUGUUCCAAAACUGUAGCUUUACUAAAAGAUUGUACAAAAAAAAAGACGCCAAUUGGAGGAUUUGUGUCCGUUUAAGUGUCAUUUGAUUUCAUCCUGAAACCUUUAAACGCAGUAAAGAAUCAGGCCAAUUACUGCUUAAACCCUCAUAAACCAACUGUUCAAUCAGAUCCUCAACACCACAGAAGAUAUGCCUUGAGGUCACGAUAAAUUGCUGCCAAUGUCUGACUACUAAUCACUGAUUGACUGCCUGCGUAAAACAUCAGUGUGUCUAAAACGUUCCUCCCCUUUGCAUCCCAUCUUGCUUUGUAUUGUCUGACAGAGCUCUGAUCUUGUUCAACUGAUGUGUUCUACCGAGAGCAAAAGUCAAUGAAAACUGCACUAUCUCAUCAAAAACAAUUGAGUUGGUAACAUUCUUUUCAGUGGUUUUAUUUUCUCCUGCUCUAAAGUAAUGUUGCUACAAUCACAUUUUCCUUCAUAUGGUUGUCAAAGUAUUCUGGAAAUCUUUUUCCCAAUUUCAGCACAUACGGGAGGGUGGGGAAAUGAAUGUUGCAUAUUUAGCUUUGCCGGGUUCCUGAUGAGCUAAGCUUCUGAUUGGGCAGUGUGCUUUAGGCUCCCGCCCCUGUCUCUCCAGACUGCACCAUUCUCUGGUCCCUUGAACUCUUUUUUUUGUAAUUUUAAAUGAAUGAUGCGUCUCAGCUUAGCCCAAUAAUAAAGCACAGUCUAGAAUAAAGUA